GGCGAGAAUGAGGUGACUCCUGUUCUGCUGUGUUUUUGUCAGCACAAACCCAGCUCAUUUUGUCUAAGCAAUACAACUUCACAGACAACUGAGACACCAUCCUCUUUGUGUUUCCACACAAUGGAGCUACCAGGUUCAGUCCAACAAGCAUACUAAGAAGUCUCCUAAAGACAGCAGUCUUUGGAUAACACUUUAAGGAAGAGACCUGUGCGAGUCCAUCUGCUGGUGUCAAGACAUCCAGCUAAUUGGUUCCUGAUUGCUGUAGCAGGAUGGAUCUUGGGAUGAAUGGCGCAGGAGAGAGAGCUGGUGUCUCGUUAAAGACCUUGAAAUGGGAGCAGAGCUGGAGCUUCCUCCGAGUUGCUAAAGUGGCGCUGUCCAUGGUGCUGAUGUUUGCGCCACCUACAGUCCAUGCUCAGAAUGACACAGAACCUAUCGUGCUGGAAGGAAAGUGCCUGGUGGUCUGUGAUUCCAACCCGUCCUCUGACGGAGCCAUCACCUCUUCUUUGGGUAUCUCUGUCCGUUCUGGAAGUGCCAAAGUGGCGUUCUCGGCAAUUAGGAGCACCAAUCAUGAACCCUCUGAGAUGAGCAAUCGCACCAUGACUAUCUAUUUCGAUCAGGUGUUAGUAAACAUUGGUAACCAUUUUGAUCUGGCAUCCAGUGCAUUUGUAGCACCAAGAAAAGGAAUUUACAGCUUCAGCUUUCACGUGGUGAAAGUGUACAACAGACAGACUAUCCAGGUAAGCCUAAUGCAGAAUAACUACCCAGUAAUUUCAGCUUUUGCUGGUGAUCAGGAUGUUACCAGGGAAGCAGCCAGCAAUGGAGUUCUUCUGCACAUGGAGAGAGCAGAUAAAGUCCAUCUAAGACUGGAAAGGGGUAACCUCAUGGGAGGGUGGAAAUAUUCGACCUUUUCUGGCUUUUUAGUCUUUCCUCUAUAAAGAGGAGAUGGAAGGGCCAAGUUCUGGAGCUUAGCAAGGAUUCAACUGUCAAUGUAGCCAUUAAUGUGGCAGGACAAGACAUUAUCUCCAACAUCCCUCCCAGAUUGUCUCAGUAGAAGAAUGAAUUCUCUUCUAGGUAAAAUAUUUACUUAUAUCGACAUUUCCUUGGGAAACUGCGCCUCUAAUUAGUUUUAGACGACAGUGAUCUUUAGGAUAAAUGAAAUUAUCGACCUGAGCAAUUUGUACAUGUGAUUGUAAAGUCAAUAUCGGAAUUUAUUGUUUGGAUCAUUGACUCUUUUUUUGUUGUUGUUCUGAGACAAACACUCGGACCACACAUUUGAUGUCAAGAAUCACAAGCAGAAGAAUCAAACCCCCGACUAAGUGUUCUCGCAAUGCUUUCCUUUUAGUGUUUGUAUAGCCUUAAGAAAAGAAUGGCUUCAGUCUCAGUAAUGUAUAUUUUUGGAUUUCUGGAAGUGCUUUAUACAGAGAAGCAAAUUUUGCACGAUUGGAAUUACCUAUUUCGUUUCGUGUCGUUUGUGUAUCUCUUGAUUUUCUUUUGGGGGUGCUGAAAAUGUACAUUAGAUUGACCAAUACGAUAAAAAAAAAUGAUAUAACUGUAAAUCACAGUAAAGUUUUAAAUGAC